CUUCAUAAGUAUACCAUUCAUUGGAACGAAAUACUUACGAUUUUUUAUUAACAAUUUUUAUUAUGGCGAUCAUGUCUGACGGCAAAACUCGUAUGAGUAAUAUGUCAGAUAUGGAUAAUUUUCAAUUACCUAUAGAUGUAAUUAUACAUAUAUUAUCAUAUUUGUCUACAUCUGAUAGAAUGUCAGCAGGAUUAGUUAAUCAAACAUGGCAUGAAGCAUCUCUUGCCAUGAAAUUUUUGGAUCAAGAAGAAUUAGUACUUGGUCGACCACAUGCAGAUAAUUUAAAUGAAGUAAUAGAACUUCUACAACAUUCUACAAGACCAUUUUAUCACUUUGUUUUUCGAGAAGUAGAAUUAAAAAGGAAUAUGCCUAUUUGGGAUCAAUAUGGACCUCAUAUGAAAAGUCUAGUAUUGUUAUGUUGUGAUUUAAGUGAAAAAACACUUGUAGAAAUUUUUAAAUGCUGUAAGUCUUUAAAAAUAUUACGCAUUAAUGCUUGUAGAGAAUGUCUAAUGUCUGGUAGGCUUCUAGAAGAUGAGAAUGAUAUAAAAGAACUCUCAGAAACAUUUAAAAAUGUCCAAGAACUUAGUCUUGGUUAUAAUCGUUUUCUAAGUGAUGCUCUUUUUAAUAGACUAGUUGCUAUUUGUCCAAAUUUGGAAUCUUUAAGCCUCAUAGGCUGUCAAAUAUCUUUCCAUUAUGGAUUGUAUAAAAAAUUUUACCCUCAAAAUAUCAGUUUUUCUGAGGCUUCAAAAUCAAUUUUAACUUUUUUAAAUACAUUACAAUAUCUUAAGCAACAAGCACAUAAAUUGAAACAUCUAAAUUUUGGUUAUACUUUGAUUGAUGGAAAUGCUUUAGCUACUUUGUCAGCUUUACAAGAUCUAAAAUUGGAAUCUCUGAUGUUACAAAGUUGUUAUCAAUUAACUAUAGAAGGCAUUAAAGGAUUAACACAAUAUCAAACUUAUUUGAAAAUUCUUGAUAUCAGUUUCUGCGUACGUAUUACAGAUGCUAGUUUACUUUGCAUUUGUAAAAACUUAACAAAAUUGGAAACGCUCAGAAUAAAACGAUGUCGUGCUGUAACUGAUAUUGGUAUAAAAUAUAUUAAAUUAUUAAAAAAUUUACAAGAACUCGAUAUUUCGGAAGAUGAAUUACUUACCGGUGAUUGUAUUACUCAUGGUCUUUGUUCUGGUUAUAAUAUAGAUGACAAUAAUAUAGAACAAAACAUUGAUUCUGAAAAUAUUAAUUUUACUUCAUCAGAAAAAAAUGAUAUCAUAGAAGAAACAACAAGAAAAGAGAAUAUGCGAGUAUUAUCAGCAAAUGCUUUGCAUCUUCAUGAAGAAUCAGUUGAAUGCAUAACCAAAUCUUUCCCUAAUUUAAGACAACUUGAACUUAGCUAUUGUUUUAACGGUGUUACUGAUAAAACAAUACAGAUGAUAUUCAAGGAGCUUGUACAUUUACAAACAUUAAAAAUAAGCCAUUGUGAUGAGGUCAGUGACGCUGGCUUAACGGGUAUGGGUACUGGUAACCAUGAAUAUGUCGAAAAAAUACAAGUUGUACAUAAACCAGAAUUUACAGAAUCUAGACUUAGAAUCAGUUUGCGUUCAAAAGCUGAAGAAGAAAUAGUACGCGAUGCUGAUCGAAAACGAGAAAUUAUGCAUCUUUGUGAAAAUGUAUUUCAACCGUUAAAUCCAUUUUCUGGCUUCUCUUUAAUCAGGCUCAAAUGCCUCCAAGAACUUGAUCUUUCUGGUUGUAAUAGAAUUACUGAUGUCAGUUUAAAACACGCAUUCGCUUUUCCAGAAUUAAAAAUCUUAAAUUUAAGUCAAUGCCAACAGAUUACACAUAUUGGAUUGGAUUAUUUAUCGAAAAAUAAUCCAGCCAUCGAAUAUUUAAAUUUAAAUCGGUGUUAUAAUAUAUCGGAUAUUGGUAUAUCGUAUCUUGCACAAAGAUUGCAUAGAUUGAAACGACUUCUCAUCCAGGGAUGUUCGCAACUCACGGAUCACACUCUCGAUUCUAUUAAAUUGUAUUGCAAAAGUUUACAUUAUUUAGAUGCACGUUAUUGUCGGGGAAUGUCAGUGGCAGGUCUUCAGAGUUUAUCACAUUUAUUAUAUGUAGAUUGGCAUAAACACACAGAUGUUGUAUCUACAGAAAAUGAAAUAUUACCACCACCAGCUCCGCCUUUACCAUCAUUACCAUCUUUACCAUAGAGACGGCUUCAAUAUUUUCUUUCGCAUUUUAAGGAUAGGGUAAGGGAAAAUUGAAGUAUUAUUUUAAAAGCUGACUGUAAAUUAUGUGAUAGAUUUAAUUCAAUAGAAAAUUUUUUAUUCAA